ACCUACUUUUUGCCCUUAUAAACCUUUCAAGCAUUCACAACCUCAAAACCCAUUUCGAACAUCAGUAACGAGAAAGAGAAAUAACAAGAACUAGAUACAUGGCGUUUUCAAGACUUAUCUUUCUCUGUCUCCUCCUUCAAGCUUUCUUCUUGAUAGCCAGGUCGCAGUCAUUUAUUGGCAUUAACUAUGGUUUACUUGCUGACAACCUUCCGCCACCGGCUGCCACCGCUAAUCUUCUACAAUCGACGUCAAUACAGAAAGUGAGGCUCUACGGGGCCGAUCCAGCGGUUCUCAAAGCUCUUGCCAAUACUGGGAUAAGGAUUGUCAUUGGAGCUGCAAAUAGUGAUAUCCCUGCUUUGGCUUCUGAUCCCAACUCAGCCACUCAGUGGAUCAACGCCAACAUCUUGCCUUACUACCCAGCUAGCAAAAUCAUUAUCGUCACCGUUGGUAACGAGGUAUUGUUAUCUGGAGACCAAAACCUGAUCUCUCAGCUAUUACCUGCAAUGCAAAAUAUGGAAAACGCACUUAAAGCUGCCUCACUUGGUGGAAAGGUCAAAGUCUCCACCGUUCAUUCCAUGGCCGUCUUGUCUCAGUCUGACCCACCCUCUUCCGGGCUAUUCAACCCGUCUUAUCAAGAUACCAUGAGAGGAUUACUCCAAUUCCAGAGAGAAAACGGGUCACCUCUAGCCAUCAACCCAUAUCCGUUUUUCGCUUACCAGAGCGACCCCAGACCAGAGACGCUGGCUUUUUGCCUGUUUCAACCCAACUCGGGACGAGUCGACUCCGGCAAUGGGAUUAUUUACAUGAACAUGUUUGACGCUCAGGUGGAUGCUGUGCGGUCUGCCUUGAAUGCAAUGGGAUUCAAGGAUAUUGAGAUUUUGGUUGCUGAAACUGGGUGGCCAUACCGCGGUGACAGUAAUGAAGUUGGACCCAGUAUUGAGAAUGCAAGAGCCUAUAAUGGCAAUUUGAUUGCUCACCUUAGAUCAUUGGUUGGCACCCCACUAAUGCCUGGAAAAUCUGUAGAUACAUAUCUCUUUGCACUCUAUGAUGAGGAUUUGAAGCCUGGGCCUGGCUCUGAAAGAGCAUUCGGCCUUUUCAAACCUGACCUUUCCAUGAUAUAUGAUGUUGGUUUCUCAAAGAGUAGCCUGACUCCAUCAACCCCCAAAACUCCAAGUCCAUCAGCAAAACCAACAGGAGCAGUCUGGUGUAUGCCCAAGUCUGGUGUUUCUGAUGCUCAAUUACAGGCAAGUCUCGACUAUGCCUGUGGUCAAGGCAUAGAUUGCAGCCCAAUUCAACCAGGAGGAGCAUGUUUUGAUCCAAAUACUGUAGUUUCACAUGCUGCUUAUGCCAUGAAUUUAUACUACCAAAAUUCAGGCAAGAAUUCAUGGAAUUGCGAUUUCUCGCAGACGGCUGCACUCACAUCAAAAAAUCCCAGUUACAAUGGUUGUCUGUACCCUGGUGGGGGUAGCUGAAAAGCAAGAGGAAAUUCAUCGGAUAGUGAAUAAAGAAAAGUGAAUAGCUAAAUGAAAAAUGGUGUUUAUCUUAAUGGGUUUUUAUUUAUAGUUGUAAUUGUAAAUUCUUCCUUUGAUGGGAAGCAUUGGUGUAGAUCUCUCUCUUCCUGUAGUCAUGUGAUAUAUCUAAUCUUUUGUUAGGGUGUCCAUGAAAUGCAAUUAUUUUAGAGAGGAAUUGAAACUUGAGACCUUCAAGCAAGUCACAUGGUUUUGUGUGCCAUGUUUCAAAUUUUCAAUCGUGUGUAUCUCCUGUUGGUGAGGCAGUCUCAAAGUUGGCAUUUAUGAGAAAUAAUAAAAUAAAACAGUUAUUUUA